AUGGAAUUGGUUGUUGUCGGCGUAAUUGCUAGAAAACGGUUGGAAAAAUUCAAUAGAAAUGGAAAAGUCUACGUUGAUCGAGACUUCGAGGGGAUGGAUCAAAAUGACAACAGGCGCUGCGCAGCUUUAAGAUCGGGUUUCUGCUGUCGUCUUCUCAAACGCACUCGGUGUAAAUGUCGCGCUUUAAUAAGAUCGCAGGCGUUCUACUUGAUUGUUUUGACAGUGGUGUUCCUUAAUGCCAUCUGCGUGGCGAUUGAACACUAUGGCCAACCGGACUGGCUCAGCAAUUUCCUUCACUACGCGGAGUUUGUAUUUCUCGGUUUAUUUCUGACGGAAAUGCAACUCAAAUUGUUCGCUCUUGGACCUGUCGGCUACUUCCACUCCUCAUUCAACAUUUUCGAUUGUGUGGUCGUACUUGCAAGCUUCUUCGAAGUCAUUUGGCAGAUGAAAUUUCCAGCAGAAUCUUUUGGAUUUUCUGCACUUCGAAGCAUCCGCCUUCUUCGAAUCUUCAAAUUUACUCGUCAAAAUAAAAAAUACAUUCUGAAGAGUGGGUACCAGGAUCGAGAAUACCUCCAAGAACGUCGAGUUUUGAAGGUGUCAAAAUUAGUGUUAAGUCUCCCUUGGCAUCUGGUACUGGGCUUCUCUGAGGAAUCUCAUGCUCUCUCUGCUCAAUUCAAUGCGGAGUAUCGUCAGCCUCCUCUUCCUCCUCUUCCUCUUCAUGGUGAUAUUUGCUCUCCUUGGGCUGCAACUCUUCGGCGUUUCGCAUUCGAUGAUGGCCAACCGAGUCAACACUUUGAUACAUUUUCAAAGGCGCUUCUCACGGUUUUUCAGAUUUUAACUGGCGAGGAUUGGAACACGAUCAUGUACAAUGGAAUUCGCUCACAGGGCGGUCUCUCCAAAGGCGCCUUCAUUUACUCCAUCUACUUUGUGCUCCUCAUGAUCUUCGGAAAUUGAAGACAAGUUGUUAAGCACGGAAAAAGUGAACGUCCUCAACUGCAGGCGGGAAAAAAGAAGCGAAAUGCUCACGGCUUAUCUGAUUUGACAUUUAUUUUUGGAAAACGCUUCUGUCCAAAAAAAGUGACCAACACGAAGUUGGCAUUUCAGGAUCUUUUUAGCACAUGCAAACUAAACAUGGUUUUGACAAAAAAACGAGGCAAAAUUGCCGUAUAUCUUAAUGAGCGGGGAGUUAUAAUCUCUGCUGUAGUGCAACAGUCGCGUAUUCCACUUACCAACAAGAAGUUGUGCGAGGGAAUCGGCAUGUCCGCAAUCUAUAAGAAGGCGCCUUUUUCCUCCUCUAAAUCGCGUGUCUUUUCUUUUUGGUUAAAAGAAGUGGAGUUUGAGAGGAAUUUUCGCCUUUUCAGUAGAUAUUUAAAUAUUGUUGCUGAGACAGGGGUGGGGGUUAGCUCCUUCUUCGCUUUGGCGAAGUAA